AAUCAGCUCCCUGGGGGCCGGGCAGUUGCAAAGGUAGCUGACAGGCUGUGGGUCUGAGGGCCAGGUGGGUCUCGGUAGAUGUGGCACCUGGACUUUGACAGUCUCCCAGAGGGGAGCAGACAGCCCUGGAGCGGCGCUGAGGGGAGGCGGGGAGCCAGGCGCCGGAGCAGGAAGGGGGCUGAUGCGGGAAGGAAGGUGCAGGUCGUCCUGAGCCGUGACUGCUCCUGAGGUGGAAGGCACUUCUGCGCCUUGCUCUUCGGGAGGAUAAAAUAAUUACACAACUGACUCAAAAUACGGGAGAAAUUCAGAGGGUCAGGGAUGGAACCUUGGGUUCCCCAGUGGCCGCCUCAGCCAUGGGGGAGGCCGCCAGCACCAUCAAAGGAUCCAGACCGAGGGCUUAGGAGAGAUGGAUAUUAUCCGCCUGCUCCUCACUCUUGGCACAAUGGAGAGAAGUUCCAUCAAAGGCAAGAUGUGGGCAGGAGCCCCCAGCCACAGCAGGACCCCAGGGCAGACCACCAGCAGCCGCGUUACGUGCCCAGGCCUGGGGAGUGGCGUCAGCCUGUGUCCAGGGUUACCUAUUAUGAAGGUGGUUAUCCCAGUCAGUUGUACCCAAGGCCAGGCAUGGAGGAUCUGUAUCAGAGCUAUCAUUCCCCAGCCCUAAGGGAAGAAUACGCCUAUGGAAGUUAUUACUACCUUGGACACCCGCAGCAGCUGCAGGAAGAAAGAGUGCCAAGGCAAGGGAGUCCUUACAUCUGGCAUGAAGAUUAUCGAGAUCAAAAGUGCCUCAGUGAACAUCAUCGUGAAGACCAGAGUAGUGAGAUCCAGUACCAAUCUAAGAGUCGGAACCAUUAUAAAAACAGCCCUGCUUCCAACUCUGGACAGGAGAGGCCUGGGGACCUACUUCCGGGGAGUCUGCUAACUGGGGCCCAGAGAAACAAGCCGUCACUGACCGAGGAGUCCAACCUUCUCCGGCAGCAUGAGUCUGGUCUCAGCUCCAGCAGCUACGAGCUCAGUCAGUACAUGGCAGAUGCUCCUGAACUGUCUGACCCCAUGGCUUCCUCAGCUUGGAGUCCAAUUCAGGCUGAGGACAUCUCAGCAGCUGGUCCCAAGGCACCCAUGAAGUUCUAUGUCCCUCACGUGCCUGUGAGUUUUGGACCAGGAGGUCAGCUGGUGUGUGUGGGUCCCAGUUCCCCCAGUGAUGGACAAACAGCCCUGGUUGAACUGCACAGCGUGGAGGUUAUCCUUAAUGAUUUUGAGGAACAAGAAGAGAUGAGGACUUUCUCAGGACCCCUGAUUAGGGAAGAUGUACACAAGGUGGACAUCAUGACAUUUUGCCAGCAGAAAGCAGCGCAGAGCCGCAAGUCCGAGACACCGGGGAGCAGAGACUCCGCUCUACUGUGGCAGCUGUUGGUUCUCCUCUGUCGGCAGAACGGGUCCAUGGCGGGGUCCGACAUUGCGGAGCUGCUGAUGCAAGACUGCAGGAAGCUGGAGAAGUACCGGAGGCAGCCGCCCGUGGCCAACCUCAUCAGCCUGACGGACGAGGACAGGCCGGUGCUGAGCUCGGGCCCCCGGAACCUGCUCACCGGGGAGAUUCCCCCAAGCGUGGAGACGCCUGCGCAGAUCGUGGAGAAAUUCACCAAGCUGCUCUACUACGGAAGGAAGAAGGAAGCCUUGGAGUGGGCCAUGAAGAACCAUUUGUGGGGCCAUGCUUUGUUCCUGUCCAGCAAGAUGGACCCAAGGACCUACAGCUGGGUCAUGAGUAGCUUCACCAGCACGCUGGCGCUCAACGACCCCCUGCAGACGCUGUUCCAGCUCAUGUCGGGGCGGAUCCCACAGGCAGCCACGUGUUGUGGGGACAAGCAGUGGGGAGACUGGAGGCCUCACUUGGCUGUGAUUCUGUCGAAUCCGGGUGGGGACCGGGAGCUGUAUCAGCACACGAUCGUCACCAUGGGGGACACCCUGGCUGGGAAGGGGCUGGUGGAGGCCGCUCACUUCUGCUACCUCAUGGCCCACGUGCCCUUCGGCUACUACACCGUGAAGACAGACCACCUGGCUCUGCUGGGCAGUAGCCACAGUCAAGAGUUUUUGAAAUUUGCAACAACUGAGGCCAUCCAGAGGACGGAAAUCUUCGAGUACUGUCAGCUGCUGGGCGACCCCAAAUCCUUCAUUCCUUCUUUCCAGGUGUAUAAGCUCCUUUAUGCUUCCCGUCUGGCAGAUUACGGCCUCGCAUCCCAAGCCUUGCAUUACUGCGAAGCCAUUGGCACGGCCCUCCUGGGCCAGGGAGAGAGCAGUCACCCUGUGCUAUUAGUGGAACUCAUCAAGCUGGCGGAGAGACUGAAGCUGUCAGAUCCCCUGGUUUUAGAACGCCGCCGCCCUGGAGGCAGGGACCCGGAGCCCGACUGGCUGGUGCAGCUUCGAGGGCGGCACGAGGAGCUGCAGCAAAAGGUAGCAGGAGACACGGGGGAUCCUCGUUCUGCUCACUCGGCUAUUUCGGGAGCCAGGAAAACAACAGAAAAUGCUUUCAACCAGGACCUUUCUGGGUAUCAAGGCAACUCAGAAGCCGCUGGGGACCAGUCAGCCCUGUGGCCAACACUGGAACAGAUGGGCCCAGGCCGGCCCAGCCCACAGCAGCCCCUUCCUCUCCAGCCCGGCUCCUACCCAGCAGGAGGAGGUUCCGAGCAGACAGGGGUCCCAGUGCCUCCUUACUCCAUUCUUAAGACCCAUCUGCCAGGGACUGGUGGCAGCGUGGCAGUGACAGGGGCUCCUGGAGGAAGGGCCUGGGAGGAAGCCCAGCAGAUACACCUGCCCCCUGGAGAGAACACAGUGUCUCCAGGAGCCUUCCAGCAUCCUGAUGAUCAGAAGGUCAUUUCCAAACCACAGGGGCCGCAGAUGCCCAGAGCACGAAGUACUUCCGAGAGUUCCACCGUUUCAGUCAACGAGAAUGAGGAGGAGUCCUCCAACGAGGAAGAUCAAAAAUCUUCCCCCAAUCCCGCCCGGAGAGGAAAGCCCGGAGACGGGAAGGAGAAGAGCUCGGGCUUCGGCUGGUUCAGCUGGUUUCGCUCCAAGCCCGCCACCCACGCGUCCCCCUCUGGAGAUGAAGACUCGUCGGACACCCCCGACUCUGAGCAGGAGACCCCCAGAGCGUCGUCCCCUCCCCAGCCCAGCCCGGGCCUCUCCCUGACACCGCCCCUCGAGCCCCAGCCUCUGCCGGGCACCUGUGACUUCCCCAGGGAUGCAGGUGGGGGUGAAGUCCGAGGAUCAGCGUCCAGUGGGGGGACAGCCGAGGGCACUGGGAGUGGAGGCUUGUCGGGGCCUGAGGGUGUGUCCUCUGAGCUCCACUUCAGCCCUGGUGUUCUGCUCCCUCCUCCCCCCUUGACAGGGUCUGUUCCCCUCUACAAUCCAUCUCAGGUCCCCCAGCUCUCCACGGCUACCAGCCUGAACCGGCCAAAUCGCCUAGCUCAGCGCCGCUAUCCAGCCCAGCCGUGAUGAGAGUGACUACCCAUCCCAGGCUGGUCUCCCUGAAGCACAAUUUUCCUGUUGCUCUCCUUUCUUAAUCUCCCAGUCCCUCUGCCAUGUUGGUGCUCCCAAGAAGGUUGUGCUAGCUCAUUGCCUCCGCUGGACGUGGAGAAGGCAAGGGGACGUGGUCUCCCAGGAGACAGCUCCGUUCAGUCUCUUAAGAUUUGCUUCAGCAAGUGGUGGAAAUGACUAUCGAUGGAAAAACCGGGUGUAGCUGCAGGCGGGAGGGGAGCUGAAUGCCGUGGGGACAGUACUUAGGAUGUAGCUUCGGACCCUCGGGGAAGUCAGGGCCUAAGAAUCCCACUGCUGGAAUCAACCAUGACGCCUCUGGGCUCGGCAGGAGGCUCGGCAGCCAGAGAUUACUCGGGGAGGGCCACUCAGGGCUCUAGACUAAUUUUGACUCCUUCCCCAGCCUUAGUUACGGACCAAUUCCUGGUUCUAGUUAGCCAAAGAUUUUUAUACGGAAACUUGAUCAUCGCUUCCUGUCGUUAAUUCCCUGUUGGGUGACAUUUCGGCAGUUUCCCUCUUGGUUUGAGUUCUGUGCACGUUUUUUUUUUUUUUAUGUGGUUCAGACUAAUUAUAUUUCUCUCACUUUCUUAGCUGGUCCUAUUUUUUUCACAUUCUGGCAUCUGGCUAUCAAGUUAGAUGGCUGUAGGCAUCAUAUUGUCAUGGUAACUACUGAACCUAAUGAUGCCAAUGGAUGGAACAUCAGUAUAACAAAGAAUGGAAAAUGUGUCCUAAAAAUUCACCCCUUCCCUGAAAGAGGAAGGAUGAGUGCCUGAGACUGUUAAUACCUCCCUCCCUCCCUCGGGCCUUUGCAAAUUGAUGUUCGGAGGGUCACUGGAGCCAGAGGGAGGAGGGAGAUGUCCUGGAAAUUUCCAUUUCUCCUUCCAAACCCCCAAUAAGAAUGACUCUUGCUGUUUGUCAGAUUUGCUGAAAAUUGCUCCUCGCAAAGAACAUUUUUUGGGUAUGUAAUUGCACAUACAGGCUUUGCGCUCUAAUGUACUGUGGUUCUGAUGUUGAUAGCCAUUAAACCAGAUAGCUUUACAGCA